AAAAUAAAGAACUCAAUAAGAGGAUAAUAUAGGUUAGUAGAAUUCUUAAAGAUCCAAAUAAAAUUAGUGCAACUAGCAAGAUAACUUUAAUUAUCUAGAAAAAGUACUAUACAAUAAUUAUGAUAUUUCUACAUUAGGGGAAAAUUUAAAAGAUAUAGAUUAUUCUUAAGUUGAACUAAAGCCAUUUCAAAAAAAAUUUUAUAUAGAAGGCUAGCCUAUUUAUACAGACGAGUAAAUUAAAACUUUUUAAAAAGAAAAGAAUGUAAUAAUAAGAUCUAAGCAUGUUCAUAUACCUUAACCAUUUAUAAAAUGGAGUGAAACUUAAUUUCCACCUUAAAUAAUGUCUAUGAUUUAAAAUAGUGGUUUCGCAGAUCCGAUGCCAAUCUAAUCUCAAAGUUUUCCAAUAAUAUUAAGCGGAAAUGAUUUAAUAGGAAUAGCCUAAACAGGGUCAGGAAAAACUUUGGCAUUUCUUUUACCCGCUUUAGUACAUAUAAGCGCUUAAGAGCCAGUUCGAUGUGGAGAAGGACCAAUAGUAUUAGUCUUAGCUCCAACUCGAGAACUAGCAAUGUAAAUACAAGAAUAAUUUACAAAAUUUGGUUCUAAAAGUAAAAUAUCAAGUGUUUGUAUAUAUGGAGGUAUUCCAAAAUAAUAUCAAGAAAGAGAUUUACAAGGAGGGUGCGAUAUAGUAGUAGCAACUCCAGGAAGACUGAUAGACUUUUUAGAAAGUGGAACAACAGAUUUAAGAAGAGUAACAUAAUUAGUAUUAGAUGAGGCAGAUAGAAUGCUCGAUAUGGGUUUUGAACCACAAAUAAGGAAAAUAGUAGGAUAAAUAAGACCAGAUAGGCAAACAUUAAUGUUUUCGGCUACUUGGCCGAAAUAAGUGAGAAACAUGGCUUUGGAUUUUUGCUAAAUGAAUCCUAUCCAUAUUUAAAUAGGAGAUAUGGAAAAUAAUGUCAAUGAUGAUAUUGAAUAAUAAAUUGAAAUUGUUAAUAAACUAUGA